AUGCAUCGAUCAUCUUCAUCCCCCCUUCCUCCCCAGGGCAUGCCCCGGUCAUCGAGCGCCGCUGCCAUCAACAAUAACACUAAGAUUCGCCCUCAGGCCAGCUCCAGGAUAGUUCGGGGCCAAAUCUCCAGCCCAAUUCCAAUGCAAGAUCCGCUGGAUAAGGAACUGUAUAUCAGGCCACACGAUACUGGAGCCACUGGACACCUACCUCCGCAUGUCAACAUUUCCAAGCCUUCCAUGGAAAUCUCUAGGCCGUCAGGAGAGUUUGCUCGCCGCCGCAUUUCUUCAACACCUGAGCGAUCUAAAUCAGUUCUCCGAACGGCUCUUAGCAAAAUCUUUGGCCGCAAAAAAGCUCCCCGGCCUAUAACACCUCUAGCCUCUGCUGAUUCGGAAGACGAAAGGCAAGAUUCGCAUUUCAGUGGUGCCGUGAGGGAUUCCGUUCCUGCGCAAAGGAUACCUCCGAAAAAGAUUGAAACGUUUCCCAUCUCUGAAUAUGAUCGGGCUUUACGCUCUCAUUCUGUUGGCCCCGAGGAUGUCAUGGCCAUCCGGAGUGCGCGCAGCCCAGUCAACGCUGAAUAUAGCGGGCAUUCAAGGAAACGCAACGGAACUGGUAGCGAUGCUCACCCGGCUAGUGCGCGCUGGGUGAAGCCGACCGGCCUGACUCCGCGCCCUGCCAGUACGACCGACUGGGGUAGCAGGCUGGUUGAUGCCAGCCAUGACCCUGAAGAGAUUGGUCGUGCUGUAACCACCGGCCUCAAGCGCAGAUCAAGGAGCUUAUCGUUCAUCCCGUUGAUCGAAACCACGGAUACCCCAAGCAUCACACGACGCCGCAGCGAUGAAUUUCCCCGUGGCUGGCGGGAAAGCUACGACCAGGAAGCCGCAUCACCUAUAUCAUCAACUGCUCCAAAUGGCGGGGAUCGGCGCACCUUUAUUAGCCAAAAGUCCAACGAUGAGGCAGAGCUAGCAGACGAAAUUGACUCACCUGUGAAACCGUUUACGUUUUCGAAUAUGCCUUAUAUGGCAGAGUUUGCUGGUGGCGCCAGUAUGAAAAUUACAGAUGCCGUUGGCUUGGAGACGCGGAUUGGCCAAGUCGAGAAUCGUCUGAGCCUAGUGGAAGGUCUUUUGACGCAUGCCCGCCAAGCAUCUCCAGGCGGCGGAUUGGCAAACGACUCGUCUGAGCGAUUGGCGCCACCCCUGCCUGCAUGGUCAUCUACCUUUUCGACGGCCGUUCGACCAUCUUCUCACUCUUCUGCCCACGUUUCUGGAACAUCUAGACUCUCGUUUGGCGAGAUACCAACCUAUACACGAUCAGCAAGCCAACAAACAUCGAAACAGCCCAUGUUUGCAGCUUCCACCCUUUCCAAGUCUGUGCCCACCGGCUCAUUUAUCAUGGAUCAUGAGACCUACAAUGCACUCGUAUCAACAAUGGAGAACGACCGAGCUGCCCGACUAGCAUUGGAAGCACAGGUCAAGGAACUCAGUCGACAAAUCAGUCGCCUUUCCAAAAGUAUACCGGCAACUCGUGCAGCCCAAGGGAAAGAUGAGGUAGCACCCCCGUCCUUUGGCCAAACGUCAGUCUUGGAUUUUGUCGAAGAUGAAGACGACAACGAAGAUUUGAGAACAAAAGAAGCUCGACGAAGCUUCAGGAAGGCUCAAAACGAAGAUUCCGGCAUUGGAACCGAGUCUGGCGACAGAGACUACCCCGAAUCGUUUGCUACAUUAAACGACGAGCAUCAUAACUCCAAGGCAGAUCUGCCAUUCAGCUCACCUGAUGCGAUAUUGUCGCUUUCUAAACUCACAACGCUGGAUGCCAUGGCACAUCCAGCAUCGCAGCAAACCUUAUCGCAGCCAUUCUAG